AGUUGUUUGUUCCAAUCAUAUAAAUUUUCAAUUCAUAAAAAUGGAGUUAAUUUCAUUAAUUUACGCAUUAGUGGCUCUUGCUGCAGCUUUUUAUUUGUUUGUAAAGUGGAGAUAUACUUAUUGGAGCAGCAGAAAUGUGGUUGCUUUAGAACCUACAUUUUUCUAUGGUAAUUUAAGAACUCGAAAAGGGAAAUAUAUCACACUAGUAGAUGCAGUUGUGAAUGCUUACAAAGCAGCGAAAGCCAAAGGUGAAAGAUAUGCCGGUGUAUACUUAUUUAUUACUCCGCAAUUCAUACCAUUGGACAGAGAAAUAAUCAGAAGUAUUUUGUUUACCCAUUUUGACCAUUUUUUAAAUCGUGGAAUUCACGUAAACGAAAAACGAGAUCCGCUCUCUGGUAAUUUGUUCAACAUAUCGGAUAAUAAAUGGAGAGUUCUUAGGACAAAAUUAACUCCUGCGUUUACAACAGGUAAAAUGAAGAUGAUGUUCGAUACGGUGCUAGAAUGUACAACAGGACUUGAAGAAAUAUUAAAAGAUUGCACAAACGCCAAUGGGCCUGUUGAUAUUAAAGAUGUUAUGGGCAGAUUCACAACUGACGUUAUAGGAUCGGUAGCUUUCGGACUAGAAUUUAACAGCAUGAAAAAUGGCAAUUGCCAAUUGAGGCAGUACGGCAAAUAUACUUUCGAAAACAACUGGCGCAAGAAGACUCAUCUUUUUCUUGCUGCUACGUUUCCAACGUGGUUUGUAAACAUCGUGAACGAAAUGGGUUUUUCGCCUACUAAAAAAGAAAUCGAAACAUACUUCUUGGACAUGGUUCAAAGUACCGUCGACUACAGAGAGAAGAACAACGUCUUUCGCAGGGAUGCUCUGCAUCUUCUGAUUCAAUUAAAAAAUAUAGGUAAAGUGUUGGAAGAUGACGAAGCGGCUUUAAAGGGAGACCAUAAAAACGUUUCGGGUACAAUAACGAUGAACGAGCUGGCCGCGCAGGCUUUCAUAUUUUUUAUUGCUGGCUUCGAAACCUCCGCAACUACAAUGACAUUCGCUUUGCUCGAAUUGGCGCUAAAUCCAGACGUCCAAGAAAAAUUAAGAGAAGAAAUUAAGCAAACUCUUAAAAAGAACGACAACAAAUUAACCUACGAAUCUGUUGUGGAAAUGGAGUAUUUAGAAAAAGUAGUUUGCGAAACAAUGAGAAAGCAUCCUCCAUUUCAUCGGUUAGCUCGUUUGUGUAACAAGGAUUUUAAAGUUCCAAAUAGCGAUUUGGUAAUCAAAUCGCAAAUGCAAGUACUUAUUCCGGUACUGGCUAUUCACAACGAUCACGAGUAUUACCCGAAUCCGGAAAAAUUCGAUCCGGAAAGGUUUAGCAAGGAAAGCAUAGCCAGAAGACCUCCCCUGACUUACUUUCCCUUUGGAGAUGGACCACGAAACUGUUUAGCUCUGAGAUUUGGAAAACUCCAAGCCAAACUUGGUUUAUGCACAGUAGUAUCAAAUUAUAAUAUUACAUUAAAUGAAAAGACCAAGUUGCCUAUAGAGUAUGAAUUAAAUACGGUUAUUACUGUUAAAGACGACGUUUGGUUGAAUUUGGAACGUUUGGAAAAGUAACUAGCUAAUAUUCAUUAUUAUUAAUAUUAUUUUAUAAUAUUAGGUAUUGGGUGUGUAUGAAAUUAGAUAUAAAAUAAAUAUUAGUUAAAUCAUCAAAUUUUCCUCUAUAUUAAAACACAAAGUGAAUGUGCUUUAAAGCUUUAAAUUAAGUGCAGACAAACUUCAUAAAAAAGAUUCCUUGUUUGCUUUCCAUCUACACAGGUAGUUACUUCAUAUUCAUUCAUAUAUGUAAAUCUAUGCGCUGCUUUUCUCCCCUCCUUAUGUAAUUUUUAUGAUAGCCUCGUUCUUCCGGAGUCACUUAGAUGUUUGUUUAGCAGUUCAGUUUAUUAUUUUCGAUAAGCCGUUUUCGGGGAAAACUUUUCAAAAGUGCUUUUCCGUGCGUAGGGCUUAUGGCCUCGCCAGAAAUCCCUUAAUCUCUUUAUGAUUUCUUAAAGUACAGGGAAGAACAUGUUCCCUAAAAUUGCCGAACGUACACUAAGAAAAAAAAAACCUAUCAAAUUCAAUUUAAUUCGGUGCUGUUUGUGUUAUUUCUAUUAAACAAAAAUUGCAAACAAAGAAGGGAGAACAACGAAACGUAUCCGUUUGCGUAGAACAUUAAUUAAAUUGCCCUCGUUCUAAUUGAAAGUUUUCCUUCAUAGAUACGUGAGGAAAAGAAUUAAUGGGAAAGAUAAAAGGAGGGAAUCUCUACUUAUAAUUAAAUGGCUGUUGCACAAAGAAAACAGUUCAAUUUCAUAUCUUUAUGUUUCUUUGCACUUUUGCUUUCUGUUAAGAUAUUGCGUUGCACUAUUGUUACCAGAUUUAAUUUUAAAUUAGACAAAUAAUACGAACAAUUACAUCAAACAGACACAAAUCUUUUUGCAACUACUUUAAUUCAAUGUCACUGAUGUCCAGUUUCACCAACGACAGAUAAGACUUUAUUCGAUGAAUAAAUUUAACUGUCCAAUAAAAAUACACAAAUUUCUGAGUCAAAAUAUUUAACUGGAGUUUAAAAGUUGGUGAAACCGUUGGUGAAUCGUUGGUGAAACCGGACAAAUCAUGUUAAUUAGUCUUGAUUAGUGCACAACAAGUCAUCUAAAAUUAGGCUAAAUAUAGAGUUUUAAUACCAAUGAUUGAUGGAUUAAAAUUUAAUAUUAACUUUUCGAUUACAAGUUCUUCUUUUCAUACCAUAUCAAAUAAUAGACUUUAAUAAUUCUACACCUUCAUGUUUCCGUGUCUACAUGUAAUGUAAGUUCAUGAGUUUUAAUAUAAAGACGUUAAAAUCCUGA